AAUAAAAACUAUCCGUUACUUUCUUUUCUCCUUUGCUUUCCACUUUUCCUUUCAAAUUUCAAACGUCUCUCCCCCUUCCUUCCUUCAAACCCUAACUUUAGUUUCUCAAAACCUUAAAAACAACCCACAACACACAAAUCCCAGCUUUCAGUUCUCUCAAAUGGGAGGCUCUGCAAGGUGGAUUAAAUCAUUAAUUGGGUUUCAAAAGUCCAAUUCCAGUACCUCUGAUCAAGAGAAGAUUGGGGGUAACAAGAGUAGAACAUGGAAGCUAUGGAGGAGCCCCUCAGCCGGGUGUUCUUCGUCUUCCACGAGUUCAUCUUCUAAGGCGAUGAAAGGCGUGGGACGGUUGUCGACUUCGGAAGCUUCUCGUUUGGAUGAGGUGUCGUUUUCGGCUGCUGUGGCGACUGUGGUUAGAGCUCCGCCUAAAGAUUUUAUGUUCGUUAGGCAAGAAUGGGCUGCGAUUCGAAUUCAGUCGGUUUUUCGCUCUUUCUUGGCAAGACGAGCUUUACGGGCGCUAAAAUCGUUGGUCAGGCUCCAAGCAAUAGUACGGGGGCGGCUAGUUAGAAAACAAGCCGAUGUGACGCUUAGGUGCAUGCAGGCUCUUGUUCGGGCCCAGGCUCGAGCCAGAGCUAAAGCUGCCGGGACCACAGAAUGUCCUGUGGCGUCUAGAAACCAAGUUGGCACCGGUAAAAAGUCCGAGGGUGGAUGGUGCGAUAGUCGUAGAACAGCAGAAGAAUUGAGAACAAAAGAACAAAUGAAGCAAGAUGGCGCCACUAAGAGGGAUAGAGCUAAGGCUUAUGCCCUUUAUCAACAGCGUCAAAGAGCAAAUCCUAACAAGACCGGUUCUCCAAGGUCAGGCAAAGAAAAUUCUGAAUGGAGUUGGCUUAAUGGCUGGAUGGCUGCUAAAUCUUGGGAAAGCAGCGAUUCGCAUAAAGUUUCAUCUGAAAAGAAUCUCGAUGAACGUAGUGUUAAAUCUUGCUCGUACUCUACCGAACAUGACUCACUAAAGAUUAGAAAGAAUCUCGUUUCAACCCGCGUUUCUGCAAAACCGUUUAUCUCGAGCCCACUAACGCAUUCAUCGUCAACAAACCCGUGUUCUGGCUCAGUGUUUGACGACACUGCAUCAUCAACCAAUUCUUCAACUUCAACUUCGGAGACUCGUUUAUCAAGCAAAAGUGGCGGUAAAGAGGGAAGUGUAAGUGUAAGCAAGCCGAGUUACAUGAGUCUCACCGAGUCCAUCAAAGCUAAAAGGGUAUCUCAUGGUAGAAAACCGAGUCCCCUUUCGAAGGGGGUAACUGCAAGAAGAAGUGACACUGAUCUUUACUCAGCGGAAUUAGGUAAAGAUUUGUAUCCACCUAUGUUUAUUGAUAGAUAUGAUGAAGUCAGAAGCCGAAGGGGUUAAAAGAAAGAACAAAGUACUUAGCAUGAUUGCAGAUUUGGUUAGUGUUUUUUAUGGUUAGAGUUCAACAACUUGUUGUGUCACUUGUUUCACAUGAAAGUCAGUUGAGAUAUGGUUUGUUGAGAUAUUGUUUUUAUUUUAUUCUUGAUCUUUAAAGAAACCUGUUGGUGCAUUUCUUAUCU